CGGCAGUGAUGUUGUGCUAUUCAAUGGCGCGCUCUGUGUGUGUGUGUUGUGUAGUGCUGUAGUGUUGGCUGUGCUGUAAAGGCAUGAAUGCUGUUGUGCUGUGAAUACAGAGAGAAAUAGUGCAAAAUUGUAUGGCUUUGGGCCGGCAUUGAGACCAUAGCAUAGCAUAGCGUUGUAUUGCAUCGAAAGCAUUGCCAAAAGCCAUUGAAAGCUUGUGUUGAAUUGUUUUGACUGAUUGUGACCACCGCUGGACACCGACCGCCACAAGUCAUCUCUAAUCUCAUCGAUUGACACAAACCUCAUGGAGAAGAGGAUUGAAUUGGAGAAAAGGGGCAGAAAUGCCAAUCAGUGCAUAGACAGUGUUAAGUCUAUGGACAAUAUUAAAUAUGGGACUAAUGCUAAACUGCAAUACCCGAAUUGCGUUGUGCUGUAUUUGCAGAUAAAGGACCUGAAUUUGGACAACUGUCGGAGUACUAACAUUGUUGGUCUGUCCGAAGACUUUGCGAUAUUAGAAACGCUGAGUUUAAUCAACGUAGGGCUGACCAGUUUGAAGGGCUUUCCAAAGCUGCCUAAUCUCAAGAAAUUAGAGUUGAGUGACAAUAGGAUAUCGGGUGGACUCAACCUCUUGAGCGGAAGCCCGAAACUAACGCAUUUGAAUUUGAGUGGAAACAAAAUCAAAGACAUCGAAACACUCAAACCAUUGGAAGAGUUCAAGAAUUUAAAGAAUUUGGAUCUAUUUAAUUGUGACGUGACUUCUGUCGAGAACUAUAGAGAGAAAGUAUUUGCUCUCAUUUCUUGUCUCAAAUUUUUGGACGGCUUUGACAGAGAAGACAAAGAAGCGGAGGAUUCAGAGGCCGACGAAGAAGAUCUCAACGAUGACGAAGACGGCAACGAUAUUGACGGCGAUAGUGAAGGUAUGACCGGAUGGACAUGUUUUGACUUGUGGUCUAAAUCUGCAGACAUUCGCUGUGCGGGCAUCGAUGGCAUCGGAGGUACUGAUGGUGUGGCCAACUGUGGAGUCACCUUCUUUGGUGGCGGCGGCUGCUGUACAGGAGUGGACUCAUUGUCUUCGGCGGCCAUCGGCGUUUCACUGAAUCUGGAUUUGGAUAACAAUGAAGAGGACGACGACAUCGACGACAGACAUAAAGAGAUCCAGGGCUUGUUGUCCAACGCUUUCGAUGACAUCAGUUCAUUGAGCGAAGAAGAGGGCGAAUAUAGUCUCGAGUUUAAGAAGUUUACGAUCGAU